AUGUCCAGCUCCUCCAUCGUGCUGCUGAUCGGCGCCUCCAUGACCGUGUUCCUCGUCCUCUCCCUUGUCACCUUCCUCUGCGCCAACCGGCAGCAGCUGCGCAGCGUCGUCGAUGCGGAGCUUGGGCGCGGCCAAGCGUGCGCCGCGGGCAUCGACGACGACGCCCUGGCUGCGUACCCGACCAUGAUGUACUCGAAGUUGAGGCGGGACAAAUAUCAGGAGGCUGGCGGUGAACGGGCGCCGGAGGAGGUCACCGGCACGCAGUGCGCGGUGUGCCUGGCGGAGUACGCGGACGGCGACGAGCUCCGGCGGCUGCCAUGGUGCCGGCACGCGUUCCACCGGCGAUGCGUCGACGACUGGUUGCGCCGGCGGCCCAGCUGCCCGCUCUGCAGGUCCACGCCGACGCCGACCACCACCACCACCGGCGUAUGCCAACCGUCACGCCGUCAGCAUGUCGAUCGGGACUAUUGA